AUGUUACAGAUAGAAGUUGAUAAGUGGAUCUCGUUCUCGGAGGCGACACUGUAUCCAGAAUUUGGAGAUCCUGUAGUGACUAAACCCAACAGUGGAUUCCUGAGAAGUGGGAAGUACAUGUACGUUGAGGCCAGUGGCGGUACCCCAGGUGACACGGCUCGGCUCAUCAGCGCACCGCUGAACACGGAGAACAACAUCUGUCUGAACUUUAACUACCACAUGUACGGCACACAAGUCGGCACUCUCAACGUCUACGUGAAACAGCGCGGGAGCAGCAGCCUUGGAGAGGCCAUUUUCAGCAGGUCAGACUUCCAGGGGGACCAAUGGAAGUUCAGCGAGUUGGCACUGCCGAAAUGGGAAGGUUAUGUGCAGGUGGGAGUGUUCUGGUUCUGCUAA